GGUCUGUGGCACUGAAGUAAUUUUUUUAUCGAUCGCGAUUUUAUCCUAAUAAUGAAUUCGUUUUUAUAAAAUGUAACAUAUAAUUUCAAUUACAACUAAAUAGUGGUUUUAAUAAGUCUUUCAGCUUCAUCUUUCGGUAACCCAUAUCAAUCGUUGAGAAUGUCACCUCGUAAACAGCCAUCUACUUUGUUCAAAAUAUGCAUAAAAAACUGCAUUGAAUUGAUAAAUUCUGCUUGUUAUGUUAUUGAAAAAAGUUGCCCUGAAAAUAUGUUCCAUGAUUGUGAACGACAGGCCUUUGAGUUAAAGUAUUAUUUGAUGUCAAUGCUUCCUGUCAGAUUAUUUGACAUCCUCUGUUCGGAUAGAACAUGUUGCCAAUAUCGUGGUGACCCUCGAGUUCAACUGCAUGUGUUAACACAUCCUAAUAUGACUGUCUUCCGCAAAUGCGAUCUUGACAAUAGUAUACCACAAAGGUUCUGGAUAGAGACUCUUUCCAAUUUCAGUCGUUUAGUUGUCCUUGAUCUAAAGUUUAUUUGCACAGAUGAGAUUCUACAAGUCAUCGGUUUAAAUUGCCCCUUACUUGAAGAAAUCAAUAUAGUUUCUAGAGUCGACAUAAGUAAAUCUCUUUUCAAUGCUUCUGUAUUAAUCAGAAAUGUUUCUGAUAAUGGUCUUUGCUCAAUUGCCAGUUUAAAACAUUUAAGAAUACUGGCAAUGGAUCCACCUAGGAAUGAGAGGGUUAACCGUGUUGGUCGUUGCGUUUCCCAAGCAGGAAUUAUAAUGUUAGUGAGUGAGCUUCCAUAUUUAGAAGAAUUAAAAAUAGAAUCCUGUGAUAUUGGUUCGACUUUGAUCAGUACAGUCAUGGAUAUUGGCCCUUUAAGUCUCAGAAAAAUCAACUGCCAUUUUGCUUCAGCAGAAGGUAUCAGAAAACUAAUCAAAAUUUGCCCAUUUUUGAGAGAGUUAUCUGUAACACAUUUAUCUGAGCAUAAUAAAGAUGCAAUUUUGGAUCAAAUAUCAUUAAGUGAGUUAAGGUUAAAUAGGUUGGAUUUAUCUUUCUUCUCAUAUACAGAUUCUAUGCAACAACUUUUGACCAGUAAAGGGAGUUACUUGACACAUUUUUCCUUAUGGGAAAUUGAUCAUUCUCUUACUUUAGAAGCUGUUUUAUCCAUCGGCCACUGUUGUCCGAAUCUCAGUUCCUUAUGUCUUAUGACUCAAUCAAAGUGUCUAACAAUACCUAGGUAUUUCAAAAGACCAAAAUAUAUAUUUUCAGAGUUGAGAAGUCUAACUUUAGGAAACGAAAAUUUUAACAUUGACCAUAUAUUAACCUUUUUUCUAGAUUGUACUCAAAGUUUAGAAAAACUAGUGUUGAAGUAUCAAACAAAGACAAAUUUAGAUGAAACAUUGAUACAUUUAUUAGAAAAGGGAAGUUUCAGAAAUGUGAAUUAUUUAUGGUUGGAUUGUACACUUGAAGUGUCCAAAGAAGUGGUGAAACAAGUUGUUCAGACUUGUGAUAAAUUACAAAUGUUUACAGUGGACUUUACUGAAGAAAUGACAGAUGUACAUAAGUAUAUAAAUGAAAAUAAUUUGGAUUUGAAGUUGGGUGGUUACUAGCAUUUCGUUUAUCUAUUUAUUGUAAUAUAUUUAGUAAUAAAUAUUUUAUUAU